AUGCCACUGUUACAAGUCGACAGCAAUCCUGACCUCAAAACCAGACUCAUUGAACAAGAUGUCCUCCAAGAAUCCCAAUUACAACCCAUUUUCUUAACUCGAGUCGAAGUUAAUGGUGGUGAAGAAUUCAGUUAUCAAUUCUUUAACAAAUUAUUAUCCCCCUUGUUAGCCACCGGCGACUAUACAUUAGCCCAAUUAAGCUCUCGAAUUAAUCAAUCAUACCACCAUCUUAAGGAUACGGGAGUUUUCAAAGAUGUUGGUGUGGUUUUAGAGCCAGAUUAUUAUUCCAACGUACCUGCUCACAUCACCUCAUUUAAUCGAGAAAAAUCUAUCCCUACUAAAAUCAUUUUCGAUGUGUCUAAUGUGAAUUUAAACAUUAAUGAAUCGUUUUUGAAUUUCAACAAUGAAGAGUUUAUUAAUUUGAAAUUGAAUCAUGUUGAUCAUAAUUUUAAUGAAAACGCUGAAUUGGUCUCGGUGGGUGUUGAUUAUAAUCCAUAUAAGCCAUAUGAUCAUUUAUUGACGAAUUUGAAAUUCAUAUCGGGGUUGAAAGAUCCACGAUUCAAGUUUUUGAUUGAUGUGGGAUACAAUACUAGAGAUGAUUUAGGUUGGCAACGGUAUAAACAGAAUCAACUAGGUGGGAAAAUUGGACUUCUCUACAAGAAACAACGUGAAUUCGAUAUCUUUACUGGGUUUCGGCUACUCAAACGCAACUUGUUUGAUAUUGAUGAUGGAGCUGAUGAUAAUUUGAAAUUUUUCAGUGGAGAUUUUUUGAAAUUGAGUGUAUUGAAUAAAUUUAAAUACCAACAUAUUGGAUACUUGAAUCAUGCUACAAAGAACUUCCCCACGAGUGGAGGUAAAGUCCUCGUUGAGUCUGAGUUAACUUCAGUUCAAGAACAGAACAAUGCUGCUAAUCGUGGUGAAUUCAUCAAACUGCAAAUUGGAUUUGAUUUAUAUAAAUCAAUAUUCAACAACUACAUCACAACUAAAUUUCAAGGCGAACUUGGAGGAAUUUUCACGUUCAACUCCAAAUUUCCUAUUCAUCCAUUAGAUAAAUUUUACCUUGGUGGAUAUAAUUCAUUUGCAGGAUUUAAGAAAAAUAGUAUUGAACAACAAGGUGGAUUACAAUUUUAUAAAUUGCAAGCCACAAUCUUCACCAAGAUCCCCCACUUGUUAUACUCACCUAAAUUGAAUUCUGAGAAUAGUGAGUUAUUAGUCGAACUGAAUCCAUUGAGAUUAUAUGCUACUGCGCUUGUGGGUAAUUGUAUCCCAACACACAAGCAAAACUUUUGGAAUGAUGCAAAUCCAGCAGUAUCUUAUGGGUUCGGAUUAAAAUAUUUUAAUCGUUGGGCUAAUUUUGAUUUGGGCUAUUAUGUGAGUCAGAAAGUAGGUGUUGAUAAUUUUGGUGGAGUGAAGAAUGGAUUGCAAUUUUCAAUCUCGAUUGGUGCAUCUGAUAGUAACGUGUAG